AUGUCUGAGCCUCGGAACGUUGAGCCCAUUGAGAGCGCUUCAGAGCUUCUUAAUUCCACCCUUCGAUCAAAAGGAUACAUUAAGGAUACCCUCAGGUUCCCCAGUAUUGAUUGGAAUGAUCUCACCAAAGACCAACCCGACCGCAAGUCACUUCGUAACUUCGAAGUGACAAACACAAUUUUCGACAAUGAUAAGAACGUUAUCAACAUAUUAUACUCGCUACUUAGAGCAAUUGACAGGCACAAUGACCAACAGAAGGCGCUUUACCACAGUUUGAGCCUGAAGAACAAAAGGAUAGAAGUGCUUGAGAAGAAAGUUGAAAGCUUACUGUUGAUUAAUGAGAAGCGAGAACAGAAGCUCGAGAGAGUGGUACAGGUUGACCAGACCCUCUUGGAGAAACGGAACGCAGACUUGUUGAGAACGAUCAAGAAGCAGAGUAAUGAGUUGGCGCGUCUCAAAAGCUGGACUGGAGAGAUUCAAACCAAAUAUGACAUUGAGGUUCGGAAAAAGAACAUUGAAAUAUCUCAGCUCAAGGAUAAGGUCCUAGAUUCCAGAGACUUAUCGUACCGGUUGUCGUAUGGUCGUGCUGAUGCUUCAGCAGCACGUUCCCAGGUUGAGAUUAACCCUAGUGUUAUUCAUAACAAUAUCCACACGAUUGAUAAUGAUAUACUACCGAAUCAGGAUACCACAGAGAUGGGCCUGAGUCAAGCCGAAGCGCUCAAGUUAGAGUAUGACGGAAUUGCCAACCAACUUUCCGAACUUAGUGAAAACUUGAUUAAGGAAAACUCCAAGUAUGCCCAUUUUGUGGAAGAACUCAAUACCUAUUUUGAUAAGCUCAACACACAGCUCUCGAGUCUGAAUUAUAAGAAUCUUUCAGACGAACAUCUUGUUAAUCCGUCAGAUGAGAUCGACUUGGCUCGUAUAUUAGAAGCUACCAACACUGAGGUUGACCCAUUUGAUCAUGUGUCGAGUCCUCUACUAUCCAACGUCUACAAGAACAACCACUAUGUUACUGCAUUGGUGGAUUUGGCUAUUUCAGGUGGUAAGCUGUCAAAGAAAAGCGACGAGGAUGAAAUUGAAAGACUAAGGACGGAGAAUGCUCAAUUAUAUGAGAACCUAGAUGAGGCGGUACAGGCCCUUGAAAGAUGGCAAAAAUAUGCUCCCGGCAAUCCAAACAGGAAGUAA